GAGAUUCAGAACUCUUUUGAAUGAAAUCAAUAGUUACCUUGAUAGACUUACCAAUUUGAAUAAUUUGAAUAAUGACAGAGCAAAAUUGCAAGUUUUGACCCAGAAUAUUCUCCGCAUCAUGGAUUCGAUGAACUUUACUGAUGGUGAAGACUCUACCAUUAUAUAA